AAUUUUUCAAACGUUUUAUCCAACAAAAAAGUGAAAUUAUUUCCUUGGUAUCAAUUCGUGAUCAUAAGUUUGAAACUUCAUCCCAUGCUUUCUCACACAUGCAAUUAAAUCAUUUUGUUUAUGAAUCUUUCAUAAGUUUGAAAAUUAAUCCCAUUCUUUCUCACACAUGCAAAUAUGCAAUUAGAUCAUUGGUUAUUAAUUUUUCAUACUCACACCAUUUUCUAUAAAUAGCUUACCUUACCAAUUAGCUCCUUACAACAAGUCUUCACUCUUUCGAGGUCCCCAAAAUCAAAACUAGUCAACAUAAUUUAGAUCUCAAUAACAAAUCCUAGGCACACCAGAAGCAAUGGCACCAACAACACUUUUGGUCAUGGUUCUUUCUCUAGCCAUCUCUCUCCAAGGCAUUCUAGGCAUGGACAUCAACUGCGAUACGCUCGACGAGAAGUCGUGCGCAUUCGCAGUGUCGUCCUCCGGUAGGCGGUGCGUGCUGGAGAACCGCCUGCGGUUGGGCGGCACGAUUGAGUACGCGUGUGGGACCUCUGAGAUCGUGGCCGACAAGAUAACCAAUUGGGUCGAAACCGAUAGUUGCAUAAGCGCGUGUGGGCUCGACAGGCGGGCCCUUGGCAUAUCCUCCGACUCACUCCUCGACGGAAGGUUUGCUCAAAGCCUCUGCUCGGAAGUGUGCUAUAAUAACUGCCCCAACAUUGUCGAUCUCUACUUCAACCUCGCGGCUGGAGAAGGUAUAAAUGGGUUUUCCUCCCGAAGUUCUGUGGAGUGCGUCAAAUGGGAGAACGCCGUGAGUUGGCCGAGUCAAUUGGGCUUCAAAGUUCAGACGAUAGGCCCAAGUUUGCGCCUCUUGGGCCAACAGCGGAAGUUGGAUCUGAAACUGAAAUCGGUAAUCACGCCAACGCCCCGGCCCCGAGCCCAUGAGGAUGCUAAAAUCUGUGUAGGCAGAUAAAUAAGGGAGAAUAAGGAUAUUAAUCCACUUAUUUUUAUUUUUUUUUCGUCUCUUUACUCAUGCAAACUCAGUUGGAAAUUUGAGAAUUACAUUCUCUACUUUGUACGACACUCGUGUACUAUACGANAUAAAUAUAUGCAAAAUAAAUAAAUGGAAGGUUCAUAAAACAAAAACUACUAUACAUUUGUGUUUUAUUUCAAAUUCUAAAAAAAAAUUUAGU